AUGUCGGACAAGUUCGGGUCGUACGUGUCAACGAACGAAGUCCAUACUCUUGCCAACAACAGAGACCUUCAAGACAUGAGGUAUGGGCACCAGUGGGUGAACUACACUGACAACUUCGUUGACCCCACCAUUGGUGCCACACCCAACGCAUCGAAGGUCUAUGGGAAAAAUCAAGUCAAGCGACAUAUCAAGACCAUGCGAGGUAUGGUGUCAGAUCUGUUACCUCCGUUCAUGGACGAAUGUCUGUGGCGCAGCUGGUACUUUCCACCGGGUGCCUCGGGCACAACCUACUUCAAAGGGUUAGUUGUAGGAGUUAAGAAGAAGUAG